UCCUCUUUAUAAGACUCAAAUAGGCGUUUCAAUUUGGUGUUGUUUUAAGGUCAAUCUCAGAUUCAAUUUCAAUCAGAAGACAAUUGUGGUUGCUUCUUCCUCUCCAUCUGUGUUUUCAUCUCCAUGUUGGGCAUUCAGGGCCAAACUCUUGAGGUUACUGUGGUGUCGUGCUCCAAGUUGAAAGACACUGAAUGGAUUUCAAGGCAAGAUCCCUACGUUUGUCUUGAAUAUGCCAGCACUAAGUUCCGAACCAGAACCUGCACAGACGGCGGAAAAAAUCCCAUUUUUCAAGAGAAGUUCAUCUUUCCCCUAAUUGAAGGCCUUCGGGAGAUCAGUGUCAUUGUUUGGAACAGCAACACAAUCACCUUCGAUGAUUUUAUCGGUAGCGGAAAGAUUCAAUUGCACAAGGUUCUUUCUCAAGGUUUUGAUGACUCUGCUUGGCCACUUCAAACUAAAACUGGCAGAUACGCAGGUGAAGUAAAACUUAUAAUGCAUUAUGCAAUUGCAAAUCACAACCAAUUAGCCUCAAGCCAUGCUCCGUCAGCACCUCCCUAUGUGCCACCAGCAACUCCACCAGUCCCUUUAUAUUCUGCGCCACCUCUGGCACCUUCUUCCUACCGACCACCACCCUAUGCAGCUCCUUAUCUUCCAACAGGAUCCGUACGUGAUUACCCGCCACCUGCUCAAUCUCCCUACCCUGCUCAAUCUCCCUACCCUUCACAUUCAUCUGCUUAUCCACCAUCACCAUACCCACCUUCAUCUUCCUAUCCACCAUCUCCCUAUCCACCAUCAUCAUAUCCUCCUCCCCCUUCAUAUCCGCCAACUUCAGCUUAUCCACCACCUCCAUAUCCACCACCUGCGGGUUAUCCUCCUGGAAUGUACCCUCCACCGCCUUACUGAGAUGGAUCUUCUACAUUCUCAAGCAAGGAAGCAACAUGGCUUUGUAGAUAGUUUGUGAUGGUCCAUAUCCAACAUUUUGUCUUUAAUUGCAGCCAAUAAAAGGGAUAAUAUCAAAAAGUAUGCAUGGUUAUUAGAUGGAUUUGUGGAACAAAAUUUUAUGUGACCACUUAAAUCGGUCUGAGUUUUGAGAUGUGUAACUUGUGAAAUGUUUAUUUAUAUUUUAUUUUAGGGAUUAAUGUUUGAGUUUUGAGAUGUGUAAC